CGUGGCGUCACCGGGUUUGAGAUUUCAACUUCCGGUUCUUUCCUCCCCCCCAGCUGGAGCGACGCAAAGGGCAUCAGGACGCCGGACGGAGGAUUUUAAUCGUCUUAGUUUAAAUUCGGGUGUGCAAAUAAUUCACCUCAACCGGAAACUCUGCUACAAGCUGGGAAAGAAGUUGACGGAUCUCUCUGUUGCCCUGGAAAUAGAAAUCGGUCUGUUGGACGUCAGAAAGUGGUUCGUCUUCCGCCUGGGACUCGGGAGGUGACGUGUUGUUCUCCGUACUGGCAGCAGGAACACCCGGGAACGUGUGCUGUUUUGUUUGAGAGUGAGCGCUCUCUCUCUCUCUCUCUCUCUUUUAUCGGACUGCGAUGCACCGCUUAAGGACUUGUGCGGCGCGGCUUCGGCCGAUCACGGCCUCACAGAGCGCCAAGACCCUGACACAGCAGAGGCCCGCGGCCACACUCAGGACGUUUCAGCCAAUCAGGCGCUACACCGCGCCGGUGGCCGCCGAGCCGUUUCUGAACGGCACGAGCUCGAACUAUGUGGAGGAGAUGUACUACGCCUGGCUGGAGAACCCCAAGAGUGUGCACAAGUCUUGGGACAUUUUCUUCAGGAACGCUAACGCCGGGGCUCCACCAGGCACCGCCUACCAGAGUCCUCCUCCGCUGGGCAUGGGCCUGGCCGAGCUGACGCAGGCCCAGAUGCUGGUCGGUGCUCAGCCCAACGUGGAGAAGCUGGUGGAGGAUCAUCUGGCUGUGCAGUCACUCAUCAGAGCUUAUCAGAUCCGGGGUCACCAUGUCGCGCAGCUGGACCCUCUGGGGAUCAUGGAUGCCGAUCUGGACUCGUGCGUCCCCACCGACAUUAUUACGUCUUCGGAUAAACUCGACCUUACACAUUUCAAGGAUCGGCUAAGUGUUCUUACCGUCGGAGAGUGUGACUACAUUUCUGGCUUAUCUGAAAGCUUAAAAAGGGGAUUCUACGGGUUGGAUGAGUCGGAUCUGGAUAAAGUGUUCCGUCUGCCCACGACCACCUUCAUCGGUGGCACAGAAAGUGCUCUGCCUCUACGGGAGAUCAUCCGCCGCCUGGAGAUGGCGUAUUGUCAGCACAUAGGAGUGGAGUUCAUGUUCAUUAAUGACCUGGAGCAGUGCCAGUGGAUCCGUCAGAAGUUUGAGACUCCUGGAGUCAUGCAGUUCAGCCUGGAGGAGAAACGCACACUUUUGGCCCGCAUGGUCCGCUCCACCAGGUUUGAAGAGUUCCUGCAGAGGAAAUGGUCCUCAGAGAAACGUUUUGGCCUGGAGGGCUGCGAGAGUCUCAUCCCUGCCCUCAAAACCAUCAUCGACAAAUCCAGCGAGAACGGCGUGGAGAGUGUCAUAAUGGGGAUGCCGCACAGAGGGCGACUGAACGUGCUGGCAAACGUGAUCCGGAAGGAGCUGGAGCAGAUCUUCUGCCAGUUUGACUCCAAGCUGGAGGCUGCCGACGAGGGUUCAGGAGAUGUGAAGUACCACUUGGGCAUGUACCACAGGAGGAUAAACCGUGUAACAGACAGGAACAUCACUCUGUCUCUGGUGGCCAACCCGUCUCACCUGGAAGCUGUGAACCCCGUGGUACAGGGCAAAACCAAGGCCGAGCAGUUUUACUGCGGUGACACCGAGGGCAACCGGGUAAUGUCCAUUCUGCUCCACGGAGAUGCUGCGUUCGCCGGCCAGGGCAUCGUCUACGAAACCUUCCAUCUGAGUGACCUGCCAUCUUACACUACACACGGCACGGUGCAUGUGGUUGCCAACAACCAGAUUGGCUUCACCACUGAUCCCCGUAUGGCUCGCUCAUCUCCGUACCCCACCGACGUGGCGCGAGUGGUGAACGCUCCGAUCUUCCACGUUAACGCGGACGACCCGGAGGCCGUCAUGUACGUGUGCACCGUCGCUGCCGAAUGGAGAGCCACCUUCCACAAAGAUGUGGUGGUUGACCUGGUGAGUUAUCGGCGUAACGGCCAUAACGAGAUGGACGAGCCCAUGUUCACACAGCCGCUGAUGUACAAGCAGAUCAAGAAGCAGAAGCCUGUGCUGCAAAAAUAUGCUGAGAAACUCAUUGAAGAGGGAGCCGUCACACGCCAGGAGUAUGAGGAGGAGAUUGCCAAAUAUGACAAGAUCUGUGAGGAGGCUCAUGCUCGCUCCAAGGAUGAGAAAAUCCUCCACAUCAAGCACUGGCUGGAUUCCCCUUGGCCUGGUUUUUUCACACUGGACGGCCAGCCCAAAAGUAUGACCUGUCCAUCUACAGGACUGAGUGAGGAGGAACUCACACAUAUUGGUCAGGUUGCAUCGUCUGUCCCUGUAGAAGACUUCACCAUUCAUGGAGGUCUGAGUCGAAUCCUGAAGGGUCGUGGUGAGAUGAUCCGGAACCGGAUGGUGGACUGGGCUCUGGGUGAAUACAUGGCGUUUGGUUCUCUACUUAAAGAGGGCAUCCAUGUGCGCCUCAGCGGGCAGGACGUGGAGAGAGGAACCUUUAGUCACCGUCACCACGUCCUUCACGAUCAGAACGUGGAUAAGAGGACGUGUAUCCCCAUGAACCACAUGUCCCCGAACCAGGCUCCUUACACCGUGUGUAACAGCUCGCUGUCUGAGUACGGAGUGCUGGGUUUCGAGUUGGGCUUUGCCAUGGCCAGUCCUAACGCUUUGGUUCUGUGGGAAGCCCAGUUUGGAGACUUCCACAACACGGCCCAAUGCAUCAUCGACCAGUUCAUCUGUUCCGGACAGGCCAAGUGGGUCCGUCAGAACGGCAUCGUGCUGCUGCUACCACACGGCAUGGAGGGCAUGGGUCCCGAGCACUCGUCGGCUCGCCCCGAACGUUUCCUCCAAAUGUGCAACGACGAUCCUGAUGUUUUCCCCAAAAUCACGGAUGACUUUGAGGUGCAGCAGCUGUAUGACUGCAACUGGAUCGUGGUGAACUGCUCCACUCCUGCCAACUACUUCCACGUGAUGAGGCGGCAAAUUCUGCAGCCCUUCAGGAAGCCUCUCAUCAUUUUCACUCCCAAAUCUCUUCUGCGCCACCCAGAGGCCAAGUCCAGCUUUGACCUGAUGCUGCCUGGGACACAUUUCCAGCGUGUCAUCCCAGAGGAAGGUCCCGCAACCCAGAACCCAGCCGCAGUGAAGCGUCUGAUCUUCUGCACGGGGAAAGUUUACUACGAGCUGAAACGUGAGCGCGUAGCUCGCGACAUGGAGAACGACGUGGCCAUCGCACGCAUCGAGCAGCUCUCGCCUUUUCCCUUCGACCUGGUGAAGGCUGAGACGGAGAAAUACCCCAACGCCGACCUGGUGUGGUGUCAAGAGGAGCAUAAGAACCAGGGCUACUACGACUAUGUGAAGCCUCGCAUGCGCACAACCAUCAGCCGCGUCAAGCCUGUCUGGUACGCUGGUCGUGGGUCUGCCGCUGCUCCAGCCACCGGCAGUAAAAACUCCCACCUUACGGAGCUGAAGCGCUUCCUGGACACUGCUUUCAACCUGGAAGCCUUCAAGGAUCACUUCUAAUCACGCUUCGGUUGUCUCGAAAAAAAAAAAAAAACCCCGUGUCCUGUCAGGUCUCAUUACUGCACCAAAACCGCUGCUUUCUUAAGCUCAAGCUUCAUGACACGCACACACACAUCCUACAUCGUCACCCUCGUACACACAGACAAAAACAACCUAGCAGCAAAAAAAGUAGUUCUUUUAAAUGCACCGAGCACACGUCUUUCCGUCCUACACACGCACACACACUCGCGCGCGUUACUCGUUAGCGUUCUGGAGUUCUUGUUAGUCGAUUUUAUUUACUUUAAAUUCCAGACGUGUUCCGACGAAACAAGCCACAACUUUUGGUCACAGCACAAGCGUACAUUCUUACGGCUAACGCUGGCGUGACCGAUGCAGGCAACCAAAGCACAGCUCGUGACGCAAAACAAAAACGUGUAGUAGCCGCUGUGGCUUUUUGUUCAUUGGAAGAGCUUGUUUGGGGUUUAGAGACACCCCCAUCCCCCCACCCCUACCCCUUUGACGCACGUAUUAGCCGAUAACAGACGGGACGUAAACGUCGAGACUUUGUGAGAGCGUCGUGUGUGAUUACGAUGGAAAGAAGGAAGAAACCGGUCAGUCAGCAUCAUGUGCGUUCACAUCACACCUGAAAAAAUAUAAAUAUUAUAUAGUCAGCUAUCAGAUCCGUGUAUCCUUCUGACCUUCAGAUUCCUGUAUAAACAUGUAUAUUGCUCUUUGCUGCUUGAGUUUUUGUGCUUUCGCCAAGCUACUGACAUCCAAACGUAUCGAGAGAGAAUUAUUUCCCUUUGAAAAGGCUUUAACUACUAUUUUAUUUUCUUCUUCUGUGGUUUUAUUUCUGCUUUAACGCCCAUCACACGUGUACAUAAUCCGAUCCGUUUGAAUGUGGUUCGUCCGUCGGUUACGGCGCACAACGGAACGCGACACGUUUCCCGACGGCCCUUUUUAAGAUGUACGUUUGUAUUUAUAUCAAUAUGCCCACACGAAACAGGAGGAGGCUCACGAGCCGUCGGUUUUUAUAACUCUAUCUCACUCGGCUCAUCUUCAGACCCGACCUAAUCCCGUCUGAUCGCGUUCUCUCAGGUGCGCACACUAAAACCUGAAAGAAAGAAAAAAUCCAAAACAAAAACUUCCGCCUACUUCAAACUACACGUCUCUCGCUCUCCUCUUCUGCCGCACCAUGUGCCAAAAAAAAACACCACGUCCCCAAAAGAAAACCUUACGAUCGGACCGUCUCGAGAUCUCUCCGCGAACGCCGUUCACCUGGGAUCGUUCUGAAAGGAAGCGCGCGCCGGGCGUUCGAGGAAGCAGACGAUUUUUAUUUAUUUUGAUUUUAAAGAAUUGAAAUUCUGUCCUUGUUUAUCUUCAUUCAAUAAACACGUUCUCAGAGCCAUGGA